UCGUAACUCACAAGCUACAUGCACUGCAUCCGGAACGUAAGGUUGUGUUAGUGUCGGGUUUCCUCGGCUCGACCCGAACCCGAAGUUUGGAUUAGACCAAUCGGGUUCGGGUCUGACCCAUCUAACACACCUACCUUAUAUAUAUAUACCCACCUCUAUCCACCGAGAGAAAUCCAAAGGCCCCCCUUUCUCUCAUCCAUAUAUGGGCUGAUGGGCAUCAAGUUCUUAAGCUUCCACAUGCUUCCCUACUGCUUCCACCUCAUCUCCAACCACAUCACCUGCCUCAGUCUCCCACCGUCCCAUUCCCCAGCCCCCACCAUCAAGCUCAUCAAAUCCGACGGCCACAUCGACAUCUACCACCGCCCGAUCCCGGCCUCAGAUCUCAUGCGGCAAUUCCCCAAACACCUCAUCUGCGACUCCGAUUCCUUCUUCCUCGGUCAACGAAUCCCCGCCCUCUCCGCAACCGACACUCUCCAGCUCGGCCACAACUACUUCCUCCUCCCUUCUCACCUCUUCCAGUCCGUCCUCUCCUUCAUCACCGUCGCCUCCUUCGCCUCCUCCUCAAAAAAACCCGCCACGUGUCGGCCCUUCGACGUACACAAGACCCCAUCAGGGACGCUCCAGAUUCGCGUUUCAGACGAGUUCAUCGAUUCGCUGCUGUACGAAGGAGAGGAAGGAGAGAAAACCAAGAAGGAGAAGGUUGGGAGGGUUUGUUCUACGCCCGAGUUGGAGAAGGAUUAUACGCGACUGGUUGGGUGUGAGAGGUUUAAGGAGUGGAGGCCGAAGCUGGAGACAAUAAAUGAGAAGGAAAGAAGGAAGCUUGGAGGGUUUGGAAUGAGAAGAAGGAAGAAAUCUCAAAACAAAGGAAGCCAAACGAGCCUUCUUCAUGUAAGUAGAGCGAGAAAAGGCUCUUGAAGAUUGGGGGCUUUUUUGCCCUUUUUUUUCUUGAAUGGACUGUAUUUUGUAAAACUGGUUUUUCAUUACACUGAUAUAUAUAUAUAUACAAGUGAUUAAACUGUAA